AUGGCCUCUGCUUCAGACACCGCCCAAAAGAGAAAACCACCGACUUUCAGACACCUCCCGACAGACCGCGCCAAAAAGCUCAAACGCUCCUGGGUCGAGAAACAAAAAAUAAAAAGCCAAUGGAAGGCGCAAAAGCGUAAAGAGGGCCUCGAAUCCAAGGGACGACGAUUGGCGGACUUGGUCGCGAGCACUGAUGAGCAGGAAGAGAAGGCACAGUCUAGCAACGCGGAAUCUUCUGAACCAGUAAAUGCUGCUCCUACUGUUUCCAUUGAGGAAGAAAGCGGUAAUGAAAAUGAGAGCAGCGAAGACGAGCCCGAGGAUCGCUCGUCGCCGCGCAAGCCUCCGGCAAAAAAAGCAUCGCCUCGCGAAGAUACUCCAGGACGGCAGCCAACACUACGCGAACUGCAAAGCCAGGCUUAUUCGAGAUCGUCUCUCCACACCCGCAAAUCGGAUCCUCUCCACCGUCGCCGUGGCUCCGAUAUGAAACGUGCCGAUGCCCCGGCUGGUGGCAGAGGACGCGGUCGCGGACAAGGUGGCAGGGGAGCGGCCAGUUCUCAGCGAGGCCGUGGCCGGGGACAGCCCGACAUGCGUUUGCGUAUGAAUGUGAUGCUCGAGAAAAUCAAAAGAGACUUUACCUGA